AUGGUCAAAAGGACAGCAGACUUGCUGCAGUCUGCAUUGCUCCUGGUAGCUCGUGCUCUCGUGGCCUCUCCGGUGAAGCCAGAGGAGCUUCUUUCAAGUGGACUCUGUCUCAAGGAAAUCAGUCAUGAUACUAAGAAAUUCCGUUUUGGGCUACCUUCCUCAGAUAAUGUAUUGGGAUUGCCUGUAGGCCAACAUGUUUACCUCUCUGCAAAAAUCAAUGGUAAUCUGGUGAUCCGAGCCUAUACCCCGGUUUCCAGUGAUGAGACAAAAGGUUAUGUUGAUUUAAUUAUAAAGGUCUACUACAAAAAUGUGAAUCCCAAGUUCCCAGAAGGUGGGAAGAUGUCCCAGUACUUAGACAACAUGAAGAUUGGGGAUGUUAUUGACUUCAGAGGGCCAAAUGGGCUGCUUGUUUAUGAAGGGGCAGGUACGUUUUUUAUCAAGCCUGAUAAGAAGUCUGAAGCCCAGAAGAAGGUUGUAAAGCAUCUUGGGAUGAUAGCUGGAGGAACAGGAAUAACACCUAUGUUGCAGCUGAUCCGGCAGAUCACAAAGGAUCCUAAGGACUCCACAAAAUGUUGCCUUCUUUUUGCUAAUCAGACAGAAAAAGACAUAUUACUGAGAGAUGAACUAGAGGACAUCGCUAAGAUGCAUCCUGAUCAGCUCACACUAUGGUAUACCCUGGACAGACCCCCACAAGAGUGGAAGUACAGUUCAGGCUUCAUCACUGCAGACAUGAUUAGAACUCACCUGCCUCCCCCUGGGAAUGAGACGCUCAUCCUGAUGUGUGGGCCACCACCCAUGAUUCAGUUUGCAUGUCAGCCCAACCUGGACAAACUAGGCUAUCCCAAGAGCAGCACCUUUGCUUAUUAACGCUGAUGUCAUGUGCUACCUUUCCAUAAGUAAGUACUGCAUAUUUUCAAUGUGGAGAGCUGGUAUGU